AUGAAGCAGACGCAGUUGGCUUGGGUUAUAGAGCAGCCAGGCACUAAGUCUCAGAACGAAUCAUCACUAUAUAAUGAGAACGGCUUGCGCAGUCGGAGGUUUCAUCACAAGUCCCGGAAAGGCUGCAAAGGCUGUAAGCAGAGAAGAGUGAAAGUCGAACCGAGACGUACCGACGAAAACGACAAUGGUGGCAUCACAUGGGACCCUAUCAUUACUGCCCGCAUAAUGGAAGUCUUGAUCGAAAGCAACGCCCCUUGCACGGAGCUUGAGAAAACCGCGGUUUACAAACGGAACCACGCUUUCGAUGUAAUAGAUCAUUUCGCUGCUUGUCAGGAUUCUUGGCUGGGAUCACCCACCUGUCAAAGAAUCUUUCAAGAGCAUGGCGUACGCUUGGCAUUGAACGCCGGGCAUCUUGUUCAUGCCAUCAUAGCAAUAUCGGCUGCUCAUCUGGCUGAAAGACAGACGUCACCCAAGGAGAGGAAGAAGUUCUGGAUCGCAUCGACUUUGCACUAUCAUCACUCCCUGAGCAUGUACUCCUCAGCAAUUGUGCACGAUCUUCAAGAACAAGACGCUGAUGCAAUCUUCGCAUGUGGGCUUCUACACGCUAUGCUUGCUUUCAUCAAGACGCCGAAAGCGUCGGAACACGUUGCCCUCGAGGAUGACAACGGACCUACCUGGAUCAUGUCAAUGCGAGGGAUUAGGACGCUCUUAGAUACCGCAGGUCUUCGGCAAAGAUUAGAGAAUGGUAUCUGGCUACCCCUGAUUCAAGAGUUCGACCAAUGGCGAAACACAGGCGUGGACGACCUAAGCCACUCUGGGUCUCAGCAGGGAUCCUGUACCAUAAAUUCUUUCGGAGACCUAUGCGAUCCUGAACCUACCUCGCCCUACAUCGCUGAGACGGACAUGCAGCUCGCGAUGCUGGACAAACUCUUCCACCCCAAUGCCACCUACCACAACAUCACCGGUUUCUUGGCUUUCAUCGCCGAUGCAACACCUCAGUUCAUAAACAGACUUCGAGCUGACGAGGAGGAGGCACUGCUAGUCCUUGCUCACUGGUGUGCGCUGUUCAGCCGAUUCGAUCAAUGGUGGAUCUCAGAGUCUGCUACCAUCGAAUGCACGAGGAUCUGCGCACAUCUGGACAAAAGUAACAACAGCCGAAUAAGAGCGCUGCUGUCAUUUCCCGCGAAGGCCUGUGGCUACGAACUCGAGACAAUGGCAUUGGACUUGUAG